CAAGGCACGGUGACAGUUGAUUAUCAGUAAUGGCGGAAAGCAGUUGGACAAUAACAUUUACCUACAGAGAAUUCGUAAAAACUACCUUAUAGCCCUGCAGGAUAGAUUGGAGAGACAAAGCCCAAAGGACUUGGCCUGUACAUAAGCGACUGGGUGUUAUUUUCAUACAGCCAUAGGCCAGCUGCACACGUUGCAUUUAAGUUUCCUCGCAUUCUGUAAUUAGGAUGUUUGUAUUUUUGUGAUAUAUCUGCCAGAAGAGUUCGAUUCGCGCGAAACAGUGAAAAAAACUGAAAAUUUUCCCCACGGGGCCGUUAUGGUGAAAAGUGGUUGGGCACUUAACAGAUAGCCAUGGCGAACUUGAACUUUACAAGGAACAUUGGAGGUAGCAGCCUCGGAAGGUCUAGUGUUAGUUUUGGAAGUAACUCUAUGUCGGGGCAUGUUACCCCAGUGUUCGGUCAGAGACCACCAUCCGAGAGAAGAACCAUUCCGUCAAUGGGAAACUCGAACCAAAUGGGUAACAUGAACACGUCCAUGAACACCUUGGGUGGUUACAGUUCCUUCAACUCAGUGUUCGGUUCUGGAGAUGGCAACACGCCCUCACUACUCGACUUGAGCGAGUUUCCUUCACUGACCAACCGAAAUUCGGGAGAUGUGCCGCAGCCGAACCCCAUGCCUGGGGCUAAGCCCUACGUUGGCAUGGUGAAGCAGUUCCCCUUUCAGCCGACGUCUGAGUCGAGCGAAUUCACUAUGUCCAGCGAAGACUUUCCAGCGCUUCCCGGCACCCAGAACCGGGCCGAGGGUGCAUCACCCGCCGGCAGCCAAUCGGAUGACAAGGGUGCGCUAGACGGGACGACGAACGAUGCGCAAAGCUCCCAAUCUGGACUCAUUCUACAAUCGGGCGGUUCUCUUUCCGAUAAGAUUGGAUCGAAACAUGCAGGUGGUAUCAGAUCGACGCCAGAUGGGAGAGUGAGUAACAUCCCCUCCAAUAUGGUGUCGGAUCAGUUUGGGGUUGUUGGUUUGCUGGCGUUCCUUCGAGCGGCCGAGUCCGACCCCAACCUGGUCUCACUCGCUCUCGGGCAGGAUCUCACCGUAUUGGGGCUGAAUCUCAAUUCUCCCGAGAACCUCUAUCCGUCGUUCGGAGGCCCUUGGGCAGACCAUCCGUGCCGUCCUCAGGACGUCGACUUCCACGUGCCACCCGAGUACAUUAUCAAUCACGCCAUCAGGAAUAAACUCUCCCCGAUGAAGCUAAACCAGUACAAAGAGGACGUGUUGUUCUUCAUGUUCUACACUAGCGUGGGUGAUGUACUUCAAGUAGCGGCAGCUGCGGAACUGUAUUCCCGGGAGUGGCGGUACCAUAUGGAGGAGAAGGUGUGGAUCACUCAAGUCCCAGGCAUGGUGUUUCUCGAAAAGACGGCCAGUUAUGAAAGAGGCACAUACUACUUUUUUGACGUCCAGAGUUGGAGAAAGGUUGCGAAAGAAUUUCACCUGGAUUACAGUAAGCUCGAAGCGCGGCCCAACUUGGGCACGUGAACACACUUGGCUGAUUCCAUGACGCCCGUUUUCCCCGGGCAUCCCUGCCGCGUAUAAAUAAAUGAAAAGUGUAUACAUUAUAAUAAAACUUGUUAAUUUUAAGGCUAAUUUUGGUCUGGAGCGCGGCGCGUCGCGCUCCAGGUUCGGAUGGGUAUUAACAGUUUCAACGGCAAACAACGCACGAUGGUUUUACAUUGUAAAGAUAUACAUUUUUCAUUUCAUUUGUAUAUUAAUUUGUACAAUAUUAAUAAAUACUUACUGAUUUAUUUUACAUUUGAGUUGAAGGCGUACUCAUCUAGAUCUCCGAUUUUUCUGUGAGCACUGUUUAUGUUGUUUAAUAUAGGAGAACUUUUGA